AUGAUUUUCUUCCCUCGACAGAAGCAAACAACCGUCAUGCUCCACGAAAUCCUCCUCGCCCUCUCUGGGCACCCCUCCCCUCUCCUCCGAACCGACAAUCCAGAUGCCAAUGCGCUAUCAACGGCCAUCUCACCCCCGGAGCGCGAACUCCUAGCCACCGCCGCCCACCUGAGCGACCUCCAUGUCAAACUCCAGAGCUACACCGCCCCCAUCGCCGCCGAGCACCCAUCCACGAUAUGCCGCGCCACGGCGACCGCCAUACAGUCCGUCCAUCUGGCCGCCUUCCAGCGCAAGGUCCUCGAGGUUGAGGAGACGAUACUGCUCAAGGACUCGAGUCUCGUCGGCGCUUACAACAUUGUGCCACUGACGGCUGUCGUGGGGGAGUUUUCCGAGUGGACGAGGCGGAUGGAGUGGCUGUGGGAGAUUGUGCAGUUCAUGUUGAAGAAGCAGCAGGGACAGACGUGUCGAGGCGCGCAACUGAUCGACAGGUUGAGAAGUGAGCUGCAGAGCGGUUACGUGGAUAUCGAGAGGACAGCUAUGAGCCUUGUGUCUGUGGCAGAGACGGCAUGGCUGAAGCAGGUUUCUGCCUGGAUCCUCUACGGGCGACUGCCGACAUUUGGAGGGGAGGACUUUUUCGUACAGAAAUCCGAAGGAGGUGACCAAGGUUACGUCUUGGUGCCAUCAUUUCUACCCAACUUUGUAACCUUAGCAACGGCAUCAUCGAUGCUGUUCAUCGGCAGGUCACUGAAUCACGUCCGUGUCAAGGGCAGCGUCGAAUCAGGCCUACAAGGCCUCGAUCACCUUUCUUCCCAACUGAAAGAGCUAUCCGCCUUGACCUACCCUCUCCACACGGCCAGCUUCUCGCGCGCCAUUACCUCGAUUCGGCUCACACUCUCACGGACGAUCUUGCUAAAGCUCCUGCCUCUCACUAAAGUCGUCGAAGCGCUCCAGGUUUUGCGCGAAUUCUUCCUCCUCGGCCGCGGCGAAUUCGCCAUGGCUCUCACACAGCAAGCUGAUGAGAAGCUCCGGAGCCGGUGGAAGAGAUCCGACAACCUCGCAUACGAGAAGCGAGAAGGACUAGGCACCUUUGCGGUCAAGGAGGGUGAGGUCGCCGCCGUGCUGGUCAAGACGUGGGCGGCCAUGGGCUUGAUGCAGGGGCAGCACGCGGAUGAAGACGAAGGGCUGGAAAUUGCGCGGGAGCUUCUGCGGUUGAAUCUCACAAAGUCCAAGCCUGCAGUGCCUCUCAAACUCGAGGCCAGCGUAUCGCGUCCCACAACGAAAACUCUGGCCACGACGCCUUUCCGCAAUCUCCUCCUUUCUGUCCCCGUCGUCUUGACAAUGCAGAUUCCCUCGCCCAUGGAUAUGUUUCUCACACCAUCCGACUUACAAAUUUACUCUACCAUCAACUCAUACCUUCUCUCUAUCCGCCGAGCACAUAUUCGUCUCACUGAGCUGUGGAAAAUCACAUCUCUACGCCGGCAUCAUCCGGCACCUCCGGGCCCACCAGCCGGAAGCACUCGGGCAGGACGAUCCAAAGUGAUUUUACUUCGUCAGCGCUAUACCGAGCGGUCCAAUGCUUUGCGAAGCGCCUGGGUGACAUGCAGCUCGGCGCUUUUCUUCCUCUCUGAGACGGAGGCAUACUUGCAGACGGAAGUAGUAGCUGGGCUAUGGGACGGCUUCCACGCCUGGUUGACUCCCAAGGAAGAGACAGACGGCCCGGAGACUGGACCGUCCGGUGCGUCGAUCAAGGCGGCAUCAAAACCUGCGACAGAAGUCGAGGCUGAAGAUGAAGACGAUGACGACAUCUGGCUUGCCCAGAGCACAUCUAGUACCAAGUCUCCCAAACCGACCGAACCCACCCCAACCCACGAUCCCCAGAGUCUCGCCACAGCGCACAGAGCCUAUCUCCGCGCCCUCUCCACCCGCCUCCUCCUCACCUUUCCCUCCUACACGGACCCGCUGUACAACCUCCUCACGCACACGGACCACCUCGUCGCCCUGACGCAGCGUCUCCACGCCGUCUGGACCUCCAUGGACCUCGAAGCGGACGCGGGGGUCGUUGACGCAUUUGUGGACCUCGAGAUUGAGGAAAAGGAAGUCCGCUCCGCGAUCCGCGACGUUGAGAAGCAUGUUAAAGACGGGAUACGGGACGUCAUUGCCGCACUGCGGUCGCUGGAGGCAGAUCCAGCGGCGUUUGCGGACGAGGAGGAAGGGGGCGAGGAGGGCGUGUUGAGGGAAGAGGGGGAGUAUGUUCCCCGACGGGUCGGUGGCGUAGAGAGGUUGCUGAUGAAGCUUGAUUUGGCGGGGUGGUUUGGGGAGAGGAAGGAUGACUUUGGGUUCGUGUUUGGCGAGUAUUGA